AUGGCAGACAAUGGUGAACAUUGCCUAGCAAAAUAUAGACUUGGGGAGGUCAGGUGGUCAUGCACAAACUUAUUGUAUACCAUCAGAGUCAGAGCUUGUCAGAUUUCUACCACUGUGGAUGGUCUUACUGACAUUGGUGAAGGUGGUCAAGACAUGAUGAACAAUGGCUACCAUCACCCAGCAAAAUAUAGACAGGGGGAGGCUUUCCCCACAUGGAAAUCACCCCCUGACAUUGGUUGUGGUGACAUGCUGAACAAUGAUGAACAUGGUCUAGCAACAUGUAGACUGGGGGAAGUCGGUAAACACAUGGUCCAGCAAAGUAUCUACAGCAGGAAGUCAGGUGGUCAUGCUGAAACCAAUCAGUGUUCCAUAGCCUUCAACACUUUGGAUAGUCUGCCUGACCACCUUACAGGGGGAAUCAAUGGUAAUGGUGCUGAACAGUAUCUAUCAGGACAUGGAGUCUUCAUGCCUUGGACAUGGUACAUUUACAAGAUAGAUUAUUACUACCUGUCUUCCCUUGGAUUCAUCCACAAUCUCAAAGCCUUGUUGGAAAAAGAUCGACAUGUUAGGUUGGCUCCAGGAGGCUCUGAAGGGUCCAUCUGGCCAUGCCAGGUCACCCAUGCUGACAAUAAAGUCAUCGUGGAGCUCCCCCAUCACUACUACAAGCCUAUUCAGGCUUUCACCUGGAGAGAAAAGGUGAUCUGGCUGGUGCUUCACUUCAAGAAGGAGGUGGAGGUGGAAGAGCUGCUGGUGGAGAAUCUGACCAUGAUCCUCGCAUAUAUGAACAGGGUUUUCAUUCAAGUAGUUGCAGAGGUGAAGAAAAAUAUUUUGUGUGGUGCCAUGAACCAGCCCAGCAUUUCAGAGGUUGACUGGGUUCACCGUGAGCAUGCCCUGGAUGAGAUGUGGUAUGGGAGCUGGACUCAGUUUGAAAUGGAUGAGAAGAUGAAGACUGUGGAUGUGGCACAGAAACUGAUCGAUGUGAUGGUGGACUUCAAUGAUCCAGUGGAGGACGAGGACCCUGACUUUGGAUACACAUACAAGGAACAUCUACAAGGCAGCACUGCAGAUAAAGGCAAGGGAAAGGUGCAGGGAGAGGGAGAUGAUAGCAUUGGAGGAGGUCAUUGUGGUGGUGGGAUCAGAUGCUGGUGCAACCCUGAAGCAACAGCAACAUGUGUUGUACACUAUUUGAAGUUUGGCAGUCUUGGGGUCUGUCAUGCAAUCGACAAGGAGAAGCUACUAUCACUAUGUGGUCCAAUGGAUGACCCUCUUGCCAUUGAAAUGGGCCUGCAGAUGAGAGGAGAAAAUGAGAUCCCUGAGGAGACCAUGGUGAAGGUCACAUCUACGAAUCUCUACCUCAAGAUCACUGAAGACCAUGCUCAGAGCAAACUGUAUGCAAAUUUCCGCCCCACCCUCCUCAGAAACAUUGUCCAUCUGGACAACAUCAUCGAAGCCCUCAUCCACCCAAGCAUUGGUAUGAAAGAAGAAGAUAUUCCAACACAUCACUGUCCCAACUUCGAGGAAUUCCUGUCAUCAGAAAUGGACUGGGAUCAUUAUGCUGAUUGGAUCCCAGAAUGUUUCUUUGGGGGAGAAUAUGAUUGGGAGGUAGAUUCAGUUCCUGAUGAAGACCUUCCAAAGAUGUGGGACAAAGUGGCCGAAUGGUAUUCACAAGAACUGGACCCACAUUGGAUAUCUCAGUGGGUGGUAUGGGAUGAGGGGCUUGGUUUCAAGGAUGAAGAAAAGGGUACAGAUGAUGGUCGAUUGGAUGGGGACAUAGAUCAACAGAACAUGAGUGAUGUGGACCAGGACAUGGAGCAUGGAGAUGAUACAAAUCCUGAGAUCAGUGGGAGAGAGGAUCAUGGAGGGGAAGGGGGCAAUGGGGGGAAAGGAUGUGAUGAGAAUGAAGAAGAGGACAGUGAGGGCAGCAAUGAUAUGGGGAAAAAUGAUGGAUGUGGGGAACAGGACUCUGAUCUGGCUGUGACACAGAAGCAGCAGUUGUCAGAGGGCAGCGAUGAAGAACAGGGUGGCCAACAGAAAAGACCAUCUCCAAACCCUCCUGCUGCACAUCCCGACUGGGAAGGCGACCAGCCAAUAGGGUUUACCCAUUGGUCUCUGCCACUGGAUUCAGACAUGAUUGAAUCACAAGUUGACUUCCCCUUGGACUCAUUUUCCCAAGGUGCUAGCAUUGUAAAUGAGGGCCUAGAUCCCACACUGUUUCCAGUGGCUGUUGGGGAUGACAAAAUCACUACCCAUGCAGAUGAUCCACCUGUGAACCAGCAAUCUGGGAGGGAGCCUGGAGGGAGGCAGAAAGGAAAGGGGGUGGCAACGACAAAGGAAUUUGUUACCACACAGCUCCUGCAAAGCCAGAAAUCCUCAGGCACCCCUCAAACGGAGCUUGCCCACAAUUUCGAUAUGAUCAACAUGACAGUCAGUCCAAGGAAGUGCACCAUCGCCAGAACACUGCCUGAAGGAAUGUGGGAGGUUUCUCCGAUGCCUGGUCCAUCUAACAUUAACCAACCACUCAUGUCAACCAAUACACAAACUCAAAUCACACUCGAUAGCAAGGAGGUAGCUACAUUCCUGAAAACAAUUCCUGGUGUUGUCCAAUCAUUGGCCAAAGGUUGCAAGGACAGAGAGGAGGGUAUCAAUGAACAGUUCAAGCAAUUUUUCUUGAAUUUGAGAGCAAUCAGCAAGGUGCAUGGACAGAAGGUCUCUGAUGUUUUUUCACAUCUCAAAGCCACCAAUGAAAUGCAUAUGCAGCAUACUUGGGUUUGCAUCUUCAGAAGAUGGAAAGGCAUGAAGGACACAGUCAUCGACAUCAAUGUCAAGAAGGGGUACUUGAUACUUGCAAAUCAAUCUGGCUUGGGGAUGAAAAAGAAUGCUUAG